CCACACUGUUCUCCAUAGUGGCUGUACUAGUUCGCAUUCCUACCCCUUCAGAGAUUUUGUUGAUGACCUACAUCCAUUUAUACUUGCAACUCUUAAAAAGUUGGGUAUAUUUUUACCCUCUUUUCAGAGGUGAGGAAAUGGAAGUUGGCAAUGGCUAAGUAUCCUUUUAUCAUAAAGCUAGGUAAGCAGUCGGCAGGAAGUCUAUGGAGGCCACCUCACUGCUAAGCUCUGUGCUGUACUGAACAGUGUUCUGGAGGUGUGAGACAAGUCCAUCAAGUGGUUAGAGAACAUGUUCACCUCACUCAGGAAUUCUCAUGUUCCCUAGGGACCAUGGAUAUUGUGCUUUCGUCAAUGUUUUCUGCUUAAGAAGAAAGUAUAAAAUUGAGGUUCCUAUGCUCAAAUCCUAAUAAACUGUGAAAUACUCAGCCCUUUUCUGCUGCUCAGAGCCCUUCACCGCCCCAUGCCCUUUGCCUCCAUUCACAUUGGCCUAUAGGCUCCUUCCUGCCACCAAAUGCGUCCAUCAGAAUAUGACCAUUCUCAGCCACCAUCACUAUUUGAAAAGGGAAGAAAAUAUCAACAAGAUUAAGUACUCUUGUGUUUAUUAAAUAGCUUCUGAAACUUGUAGAAUUUAAAAAAAAUUGUCUUGUGACCGUUGACUUCUUUGCAAGGUGCAAUUCAAGAUUCCAAGUGAGGAUCCCAGCCAUGGAGACCUGCAGGAUUUUAUUAACCCCUUGAUGACACAGACAGUGUAGACAUCGGGAUUACAGUAAUCUUCCAUUUGUUGUUUAAAGGUUUCAAACUCUUGUGUGAUGUUAAAAUGUUCUGUUAUGUGGGAUUAACUGGAAAAUCCAUUCUUAGCAUGCUGAUUAAUUCAGGGCCAUAUCCAUUAAGUGGCUGAUUCUUAGUUCACUGUCUUGUCAGUCUCAAUUACAAGCUAUCCUGUGGAGGUUUCCUUGACAGAAAUAAAUGUAACCUUCUGUCUCAUUUCAUCCUGUCAGUGUUCAUCACAGAGGGGCUAAAUUUUUCAAUUCGAUUUAUUCAUUUAUUUAUUUAUUUUUUAAGGUAACAAUUACUUCUGUUGCUUUCAGGUUACAAUCACUUCAUCAUUUUCAUCCCAGAGCCAAUAUAAUACAAUGUCAAGUAAUAGAUAUAGGAUUUUUCAAAAACUACAAAUGGUUCUGUUGUAACUUUCUCCAGUGAAAAAGAAAAUGUGGCCAUUUACAUGAACUGGAAAAAAAUAUAUAGCCCCACUCAGCUAUCAAAAAAACAUUACCUAUAAAAAAAAAGUUCACCAAUAAAAAAAGUUUUUGUUUGUCAGACCACUAUUAUUCAGGCUGAAAUAUACCUCCCACCUUUUAUGUUAAUCUGCCCAACUAAUUCAAAUAAGCUAAGAAUAUGCAAUAGAUCAUUAAAAAUUGACAGUAAAAUCAUCAAAAUGUCACUGACAUUAUAUAACUAAAUGCCAUUUAGAUGAAUCAUACGCAGACACUAUUAAACAAUGACACACGAAGGCAGCCCCCUACUCCACCCCAUAACCACUCCCCCUUAAAAUAAAGUAAUUUAAAAAAUACAGAAGUUCUUAUAAAGAGAUGAUGUGUUAUCUUUUUUCCCCUUUUAAUCAUUAUUCAGAUUCAGGCAUUUAAAGAGUUGUCUAAAAACCCUCCAGUCAAAUGCUUUGUGCAGCGUUCAAUAUGUAACACUCUAGCUAAUGGAAAAAGCAGGCGGUGGAAGGGAGAACUUUCUGUUGUCAAGCUGAAGAGUGCUUCAAAGAAGAUUCUCAUUUGAAACUCUGUUGUCAGCAAUGAAGGAUUCCAAAUGCAGCUGAACCCAGAACUCUGACUGUGAAUGACAUGAAUUACAUAGCAUCCAGUGGACUUCUAUUCAAAGAUGGCAAAAAGCGGAUUGAUUACAUCUUGGUUUAUAGAAAGUCAAAUAUACAAUAUGACAAAAGAAACACAUUUGAAAAGAACCUCAGAGCGGAAGGCUUAAUGUUAGAAAAGGAGCCAGCUGUUGCAAACUCGGAUAUCAUGUUUAUUAAAAUUCACAUUCCGUGGGACACACUUUGCAAGUAUGCAGAGAGACUGAAUAUUAGGAUGCCCUUCAGGAAAAAAUCUUAUUACACUGACCGGAGGAGCAAAUCAAUGGGCAGGGUGCAAAAAUAUUUUAGGAGAAUCAAAAAAUGGAUGUCCCAAAAUCCAAUGGUUCUCGACAAGUCAGCUUUCCCAGAGCUGGAGGAGUCAGACUGCUAUACUGGCCCCUUCAGCCGUGCACGGAUUCACCACUUCAUAAUUAACAAUAAGGACACCUUCUUCAGCAAUGCUACUCGAAGCAGAAUAGUCUAUCACAUGCUGCAGCACACCAAAUAUGAAAAUGGAAUAUCAAAAGUGGGUAUCUGUAAACUUAUAAACAAUGGCUCAUAUAUAGCAGCUUUUCCCCCACAUGAGGGAGCCUAUAAGAGUAGCCAACCCAUCAAAACCCACGGACCUCAGAAUAACAGACAUCUAUUAUAUGAACGCUGGGCACGCUGGGGAAUGUGGUACAAGCAUCAGCCCCUGGAUUUAAUCAGGCUGUACUUUGGUGAGAAGAUUGGAUUAUACUUUGCUUGGCUGGGGUGGUAUACUGGAAUGCUGAUUCCUGCAGCCAUUGUUGGCUUGUGUGUGUUCUUCUAUGGAAUAUUAACAAUGAAUGCAAGUCAAGUAAGCCAAGAAAUUUGCAAGGCCACUGAAGUCUUCAUGUGCCCUCUCUGUGAUAAGAACUGCUCACUGCAGAGACUCAACGAAAGCUGUAUCUACGCCAAGGUGACAUAUCUGUUUGAUAAUGGAGGGACAGUCUUCUUCGCUAUUUUUAUGGCAAUAUGGGCCACAGUCUUCCUGGAGUUUUGGAAAAGGAGAAGAAGUACACUAACCUAUACUUGGGACCUUAUUGAAUGGGAAGAAGAGGAGGAAACCCUUCGUCCCCAGUUUGAAGCAAAGUAUUACAAGAUGGAGCGAGUGAAUCCUAUCAGUGGAAAACCUGAACCACAUCAGCCUUCCUCAGACAAAGUCACUCGUCUUCUUGUUUCUAUCUCAGGAAUAUUCUUCAUGAUUUCCCUGGUGAUCACUGCAGUGUUCGCAGUUGUGGUGUAUCGCCUGGUUGUCAUGGAACAGUUUGCAUCAUUCAAGUGGAAUUUCAUCAAACAACACUGGCAGUUUGCAACUUCCGCUGCUGCAGUCUGUAUCAAUUUUGUAAUCAUUAUGGCAUUGAAUGUUGCUUAUGAAAAAAUUGCUUACCUUCUCACUAAUUUAGAAUAUCCUCGAACAGAAUCUGAAUGGGAAAACAGCUUUGCUUUGAAGAUGUUCCUCUUCCAAUUUGUCAAUUUGAACAGUUCUAUCUUCUAUAUUGCUUUCUUUUUGGGGAGAUUCGUUGGCCAUCCAGGAAAGUACAAUAAACUUUUCAACCGGUGGAGACUGGAGGAAUGUCAUCCCAGUGGCUGUUUGAUAGACCUUUGCCUCCAGAUGGGAGUUAUCAUGUUUUUGAAGCAAAUAUGGAACAACUUCAUGGAACUGGGAUACCCAUUGAUCCAGAACUGGUGGUCACGACAUAAAAUCAAGCGGGGAAUUCAAGAUGCUUCCAUCCCUCAGUGGGAAAAUGACUGGAAUCUGCAGCCCAUGAAUAUUCACGGACUGAUGGAUGAGUACUUAGAAAUGGUUUUGCAGUUUGGUUUUACUACCAUCUUCGUUGCAGCUUUUCCUCUGGCCCCUCUUUUGGCUUUGUUAAACAAUAUCAUCGAAAUCAGGCUGGAUGCAUACAAAUUUGUCACCCAGUGGCGGAGGCCUUUGCCAGCCCGAGCAACCGACAUAGGUAUCUGGUAUGGAAUUCUUGAAGGAAUUGGUAUAUUGGCUGUGAUCACUAAUGCGUUUGUAAUUGCUAUAACAUCUGAUUACAUCCCACGUUUUGUCUAUGAAUACAAAUAUGGCCCCUGUGCAACUCAUUUUGAAUAUAGUGAAAGUUGUUUAACAGGAUAUGUCAACAAUAGCCUAUCCUUCUUUGACCUGAGUGAACUUGGCAUAGGAAAAUCUGGGUAUUGCAGGUACCGAGACUACAGAGGUCCUCCUUGGAGUUCCAAACCCUAUGAAUUCACCCUCCAAUACUGGCAUAUCCUCGCUGCUAGACUGGCCUUCAUUAUUGUGUUUGAGCACCUUGUUUUUGGGAUCAAGUCUUUCAUCGCAUACCUGAUUCCGGAUGUACCAAAGAACCUAUAUGACCGAAUAAGACGGGAGAAGUACUUAGUCCAAGAAAUGAUGUACGAGGCUGAACUAGAACACUUGCAACAGCAGCGGAGAAAAAGUGGUCACCCUGUUCAUCAUGAAUGGCCUUAGUGGAUCCGUUGCCCAGUGGGGGCAAUACCAUUAGUGGACAUGAUGGCAAAUUAUAAUUCUAGGUGGAAUCUAAGAGGAAGGCAUACCUGGCAAACCACAUGUAUAAUAUGAUACUUGGAAAUACAUCACAGCCAUCUCUGGAUUUGAAAUAUCCAGUCGUCUAGGGAAGAAGAAAAAUGGCUCAUGACCUUAAAAAAUGGUUAGAUUGACAUUGCAGGAAGCCAGGGUCUAAUUCUCAGAACCAGCCUCAGGGAGUUGUGUGUUUGGAAAUCUCCACCUUCCAUCAACACAGUAUACUAGGAAGUGUGAUGACGAGGUUUCUAAUGACAGAUUUCCUUGUAAAUGUUCACAAGUCAGGCAUGACUUAAAGUAUCAUGUGGUCCUCAUGUGCACACUAAUCUGACUUUGGAACCUUAGGUUGAGUUGAGCUACUUACCAAGAAAUGACAAAUCAGUUAUUGCCUUUGCUGCCAGAACUCCAUGUCCCUUCAAGUUAUUAUUUUAUAAGAAUUUCCUUUGUUUCUUGCUGGGAUUUUUGGAUCUGUAUCACAGGAAAUUCAUGUUGUUUUUCACUGACUAUGCAGUUGAAGAGUUGCACAACUUCAGUAGUCAAACCAAAAAUCUAAGACUCCAAAAAGAAUACCAUUCAUUGAAAUAAUACUCUAUUGCAUUGGCUGCAUUCAAAUCUGUUUUAUCACUAGCAGAUUCACUUUCACUGCCUUUUUUUCUCCUUUACUAAAGGCCAAUGGAGUCAUAUUGUUAUAAAAUAUGGAUGCUCAUUCUCAUAUCAUUUAGAAGAUAAUGAAUCCGUAUUUUACUGUGGAAGGCUGUUUUAUAGUAUAUUUAAUUUCCACCUCCCUGAUUUAUUGCAGUUCUCACAGAAUAACUUGAAAUGCUGUAAAUAUAUUGAUUUUCCUUGUACCUUUGCACCUUGCAAUAUGGAACACAAGUUAUUAAUACAAUUCAUGCAGCUCUGAGACCAGUUACACAAUAUUCCAUUGUAGCUUGUUUAUUCAGGAAAACAGAAGCCAGAUGCUUUGCAACAUGUAAGCUUUUCCAACAACGUGCACUCUUGCUCGUGAGCUGAUGAAAACAAUGCAUGAAUAUAAAUUUAUAUUAUUUGUAAAAGAACACAUUUUUUUGAGUUUUACUUUCUCUUCAUCACUGAAGGGAGUUUUCUGUUAUUUCUUUGGUAGAUUGAUUUGGUUUAUUUUUGAAAACUCACUAGAAAGAAACUCAAAUUAAUUGUGAAAGACAUCGUUUUUGCUUGUUGUGGAGUUGCUGUUUCUCUGAACUCUGUGAGCAUGAAUGUUCACAGACUGAUGUUGAGGAAGCAUUCAAAUAAAGUCUGGUGGAGGCAUAAACUAUGGGGGUAGGAUGGGAAGAAAGAGAAGAGUUGAAUUAAGAAAAUAUAUAGUAGAAAUCAAGACACUUUUAAUUGCAAAACAAAGCUAAUCUCAAUUUUCUUCUUCUGGGAAUGGGAUGAGGCAUGCAUAAUCGUGGUGCUGGUUGCUAAGUCAUGCCCAUUUUUUUGAGACCCCAUAGACUGCAGCCUGCCAGGCUCCUCUGUCCAUGGGAUUCUCCAGACAAGAAUAUUGGAGGGUUUGCCAUUUCCUUACCCAUGGGAUCUUCCCGACCCAGGGAUCGAACCCAAAUCUCGUACAUUGACAGGCAGACUCUUUACCACUGAGCCACUAGAGAAGCUCGUAUGUAAUCAUGCAUUCAUACACAUAUGUGAUUUUUUUUGUGUGCCGUUUAAAGGUACAGUUAUUUCCAAAAUGUAUAAAGACCAGUGGAAAUAAAACUACUUUGUAUAUAUGCAAGGGUUUCUCUAGCAAGAAAAAUCAUAAAGUUUCUCUUCACUAUUUAAAAAAUUUUAACAAUGAAGUGUUUUUUGUUUUGUUUUAUUUUAGUUUUCCUUCUUUCUCUCCAGAGAUAAAUAAAUCACAGUGGUUGGUUGAUUUUUGUCAAAAAUACUUACUUCCCUACCUGCCCUCUGAUUCUGAGCAAGAGGAAGAACUUCAGACUCUAAAUGUCCCUCCCAUCCCCUUGUCUCAAGGAAUUCUUCCAUUCAGAUUCCAGAAUCUUCCUCAGAUUCCAGAGAGGUUUUGUUUCUGCCACCUGCCUAUUCACAGUAACUAAUUGUACUAACUUCACAAAGAAACUUUAAAUACUUCCAUUUUGUAGCAUCUGCAUUUCCUUUUCUUUGUUUGUUAAAUAUAUACACAUGCCUGAGGAUAAAUACUCUCUAUGCCUAUUGAAGACAUAAAUGAACCUGACAUUUAUGUCCUUUUACAAUUAGGGACACAAGGCAAAGCCAUUUGCCUUAUAGUAAAGAAUACAGAUAGCCCUUGAGAAUUUGUCUCUUUCUGAGUUAUUUUUAUAUAACCAUAUAAAAUCAUAUUGAUUACCUAGCAGGAAUAAAUGAAAAGAAAAAGGUAUUUUUAAUAAAAAUUAUGAUACAUUGAUUUAGGAAAUGCCUUCUCUGAUAUUUUUGAAAUCGAUGGAAAAAUAGAGAAACAAUGAAAAAAAUUAUCUGAAAUUCUCCUUUUGUGAACCAGUGCAGUAGAAUCUAGUUAUAUCUUCAUCAUUGUUGACAGCAAAAUAUUGACAGCCCCUCACGGUAUAUCAGUUUUAGACAACUCAGUUUUAGUUGAGAGAAAUAUUUUAUAUCAUGGUUUUCGUAUGAAUACAAAUUAUUUCUCAAAGAUUUAUAUAACACACUAUUCUCAGGAAUUCUGUAUUACAUGAAUGCUGCUUAUAUAUUUUCUUAUUCUAAAUUGUUGUCUUUUCAAGCAGAUAACUAAUAUAUACAUGUAUGUGCAUGCUCUCAGCCUUGACAAGUUGCGCCAGGCUGUAGCAUUUUCAUUGUACAGUGUGUGGAAAAUCGCUCUAGGUUAUAGCUGAAAUUGUUUACAGUUGUCUGAGUCCGUGCACGCACUUUGAGAUAAAAUGUGCCUGAGUGACUGCAUGAGGAGAUACAACUUCUGAAUGCUGCAUAUUCUUCCAAAAUGACUCUUAGCACAAUCUGUUGUAGAAUGCGAUAAAACAGAAUCUUUUUCACUCAAUAAAUUUUCAUGUGAGAUGGUAUUUUUCCUAUAA